AUGAUACGAUCACGUCUGGAUAGUAAUCAUAAUAUAUGUGUAACAAAUGUUAAAUGUUAUCCUAAAAUUGGUAUUGGUAUCAUAUUUGUCUCUGGUAAUACUCAAAAAUAUGCUCUCGUUAAUACAAUUCAAGCAAUUCUACUGGAUCCUCGUAAAAAUAUAACAAUCUCAUUUAUUGAACAAUGUGAAUUCAUAUCGUACAUUGUAUUUGACGAAAACUUGAAAGAAGUUAUAACCACAGAAGAAAUAACUCAUCGUUGGGCUCAAAUAUGUCAAUCAUCUAAUGAAUUACCUCAAUGUGAACAACUAUCCGUUUUAUUUCCAAAUAUAUUUAAACUAACAACGCAUUCGCUCGAUGAUUUACUCACUAUUCAAGCUACUGAUACAUUACGAAUCAAAAACCACUUUGUUAAUAUAUAUAUUCGAACUGAUUGUAGUUAUUUUGAAGAUUUACCAGAGAAUAUUACUGUCGAUGAGAUUAAAUCAGUUAUUAAAAGUCAGAUGAUGAAUCAGUCUAAUGAACCAAAAUAUUAUGUUCAAUAUAAUAAACAAGCAUUAUGCGUUGUGGUUCUAGCAUGUAAUACGGCUCGUCAAUGGGUUAAUACCAAUAAUAUUACUCUUAAAUCUCAUAUUUUUACAAAAAAGAAAUGUCUCGCCUUUCGAGUAAUUAUCUCGCCUGUACCAAAUUCUUUACCAAUUGAUACUAUUAUUCGACACAAACAGUUUCAAAAUAAUAUUGUAAAACAUACAAAAAUUAAUGAUAAACUUAUUCUUGAACUUAGUAAUAAGUCUGUUUAUGAUCAAUGUUUAAUAUGGGGUGCUUUAUGUAUAAAGGAUCAUAAAAUGCUUAUAGAUCCAUAUAGGAAAAUUGUCAAUGAUCCAGAAAAUCAAGAAAUUAAUGCUGAAAAUUGGUAUGAAACAGAGAUGCUCAACAUAAAACCUGAUAUAUUGCAAUUCAUAUUUAAGCCUGAUCAUCUAAUAUUUAAGUAUAAAUGGAAUUCUCAAUAUUGGUUAGAACAAUUUUCGAACGUUCAAAAUAUUCAUGGUAAGCAAAGUAUGAAUAAAAAACAAUUAUUAAAUGUUUCAGUUAUGCUUAACACAAUCGGUGUAAUACGUAAGAAAAGUUACAUAACAGACAGUCGAAAAGAAAUUAAAUUGAAAUUUCAACAAUUAAAAACUAUUGUCUAUAAUCAUCGAUCGAAAUUGGCACUCACGAGAGAAAUAUCAUCAAUACCAACAACUCCAUUCUCAUCAACAAAAGUAAAAGUAAUAAAUGAUGAUUGUCUAGUUGUCUAUACGAAAUUAGUAUUAAGCGGUAAUCGACCAGUUAUACUCAAUAUGUGUAAUCCUGAGAUAGCUGGUGGUAGACAUCGACAAGGAGUUGAUACCCAAGAAGGAAAUCUCUUUCGACGAUCUGAUUAUUAUCUAAGUCUUGAUGCUGAAUUGGAUGAAACAGAUCGAGUUGAACGUUAUUGGUGUACAGAAAAUGGACAACAAAAAUUGCUUAAAAAUCAUGAAACAAUGUAUCCAAUGGAUGAAUUUGGUGCAAUCUAUACAUCAGGUAUUACACUAUUUCGUGAUACGAAAAAUAAAGGAUAUGCUUAUCUUGAUAAUCCAAUAUAUAGCGUUUGUGCUAUUGCAUUGGCUCCCUAUCAACAAACACAAUCAAAACAAAAUAACCCAAAUUUACUCGCCGAUAAAUAUGAACAAGGCAUGCGAAAGAAAAUUGAAAAUCUCUUUGCUAUUGCUUAUCAUCAUGGUCAUGAUUGUCUUGUUUUAUCAGCUCUUGGUUGUGAUGCAUCUUCGAAUACAUCAAUGCAUAUUGCUUUUAUUUUCAAAUCGAUUAUCCAACAAUAUGCCGGUUAUUUUAAGACUAUUUAUUUUGCUAUUAUCGAUGAACAGAAUGGCAGUCAUUGGCCCAAUCAUGAAGGAAAUUAUUUAACAUUUAGUCGUAUCCUUGAUAAAUUUUGUGUACAGUCAUCAACUUGUGAGCUCAGUGUGAGAAUGACCAGUGGACCCUACACAAUUCUAGCUAAACGUUUAGAAAAGGUGACCAUUAAUAAUGUAUGUAUAUUCGAUUUACCACCAUGUCGAUACGGAGGCCGAUGUUCUGAUUUAAAUGAUGUAGGACAUUGUCAUUUAUAUUCUCAUCCACCUCUAUGUUUUCAAUAUGAUACAUGUGAUCCAACACAUUCGGAUGAUGUACAUGAUAGCUUAUUUACUCAUUUAAAUAAAUGUAAAUAUGCUGGUGAAUGCCAAUUAAUCAAUGAUGAAAAACAUAUACGUCAAUAUAGUCAUCCAGAAUUUUGUUCUCGACAAGGUGAUUGUACAGAUAUAAGUAAAGAUCAUUUAUUACAAUAUCGUCAUUUACCAGUGUGUAGAGAUGGUCCCACCAAAUGUAUAUUAUUUCGAAAACAAGAUCGAACUCAUUGUCGUUCAUAUCGUCAUGUUAAACUCAGUUGUGAAUUCGGUGGUAAUUGUAUUCAUUUUCAUAAUGAAACACAUUUUAAUGAACGAUCUCAUCCAUUCAAUCCACCUUGUCCAUUAACACCAUUUUUAUGUCGAUAUCAUCUGGAAUUCUUAAAAAUACGUCAAUAUCCUUCUAGAGAAAAAAUGAAACGAGAAGUCGAUGAGCAUUGUCUUACUUUUUCACAUGUGUGUCCCUUAGGUCAACAAUGUUCCGAUAAAAAUGAAUUACAUCUUCGUACUUCGAUUCAUAUCGAAAGAAAAAUGUGUUUGGCAUUGGAUAGAUGUUUUAAAUUAACCGAUGAAGAACAUAUGAAUUCAUACUCACAUCCGAAGAUUAAUGAUAUUCGAUUCCCGUGUAAAUAUCUAGGAUCUGAAUGUCGUGAUCGAUUGAAUCCUGAUCACAUAAAACAGUAUCGUCAUAUUGGUAAUUAUAAUCAAAAUGGUGUUAUUCAAUAUUUUGGUCUCAAUAAUAAUGUUAAUUUUGUACGCAACCAAUACAAAAUGACACAAACUAUUUGCUCCUAUGCUAAAGAUGAAGGAUGGAACAUAUCGCAAUUAAAUAUUCCACCCGAUCUUAUCCAGUGGAUUCGUGAUUUACUACCUAUACAUCGUUGUAAUAAACUCAUUUUCGAAUCGAUUCUUGUUCAUGGUCAUGUCAUGAGUCGAGCUUAUAUGAAUUUAUUAGUUGAACCACAAUUUGUAGCUAAUGCAGUUGAACAUCAUGAUCAAGUACGACGAAUAUUCGAUCGAAAGAAUAAUGAAGCAUUAAAAAGGCAUGGUCAAGAAUUUAUUCACGCUCUGGUGGCAUUGAAAUUUAACGAGAGCAGUAAAAAACCCGAUGCUAGUGAUGGUACUUCUCAUAUAGUACCAAAUCCUCAACAUAUGUAUACAAUGAACACUAAAGAAGUCCAAUUGAAAUUAUUACUCACAUCAGAAGAAAUUGCCACGAUUCGAACACAUGCAACGAACAUAGCUCAAGCCUCUCUGAACCUUCAUGCUAAUCCGAUGGGUAUGGGUUACCAGCCCGACGAAACAUUGGGCACGAACAAACACGUCUUUAGCAUUUUAGGACCACACUUAGGGUAUUAUUAUGGUGAUAUUUUUCUUGUUUUCAAACGUGAAUUGAUGUUCCAUCCGGAUUCAAACUUUUCGAUUCAUGCAGCAACAACUUUUGGUCCCAGUUGCAAUGCAUACAAAUGGCGACCAUGGCUCAGAGAUCCCGGAACACCAGAAGCUCGAAUUAAGCAAUUUCAUGAGAACAAAUUACAUUGUUCUGUGCUCGACUAUGAAGAGGCAGCGGCUCUUGAGCUGAUGGCAUUGGUCAGAAAAAAUAAAGACAUAACGAAUAUCAGUCUUAGUGAUGUUCAGAAUUAUUGGUUUCAUGCUGACUCUCAUCAAGUGUUGGAAGCUCAUUUACCACAACUGAUACCAUUGGACUACAUUGAUCAUGUUUAUAUACCAAAGAAUAUUUUCACAGAGCUAUCAACAGCUGCUCAGCAAGCAGCCAAAGACAUUUUUCGUGAUCGUCUAACAGUUACAGAGCAUACUGUCGAUUUAAACUCUAUGAAAGUAUUGGAAGAAAAUCGUGCUUCUUAUCAAAAAUAUGUAAUCAAUGAAGUGAUGAAGAAAAUUGCUCAAAAUAAAUUUCAUUCAACUAACGGAACUAUUAUAACAUUAGCUCCGAGCAAAUUUGGGCAUCAUGUUGUGACACCCAUAACUAUCUCUCAAUCUUAUCGUCAAUAUCAAGUACAAUAUGGUCCAAGUGAUUGUAUUUUUAUUUAUUGGCAAGCAUUCGGAGGCGAUAUGAUGUUGACUGUAUCGAAUGAAUUUAUCAAUCCUGCUAACGAACAAGUGACUUUACAAUGUCUUAGUUGUUAUAUAGCUGAAACUCCAUCGAAUACUGUAGACAUGAUUCAUCAUGAAUCUUAUUCAUAUAUAAGUAAUCAUCGUCCAUAUCAUCAUGAUAUGAUCAAACAUGAUCGUACUCGUAUGAAAGCAAUGUCGAAUUCAUUCCAUCGUGGUUGUGAUACAGAUGAUUAUACCACUUAUUGUCUUAUUAUUAGAAAAAGCACUGGUCAAGCCUUAUUAACACAUGCUAGAUCGAAUAGUAUUUAUAAUCAUCAAAUAAUUACUUAUACAUUUCGGAAAUCUGAACUCGAUUUAAAUACUCUCGAUUAUGUACAUGUCAGUGCAGGUGCUCGGAUACUACCGAUACGAAAUCUAAUUAUUACACACGAACCUAUCCAAGCAUAUCAUCCGUAUAUCAAUAAAGAAUCAAAAAAGAACAGUGAAUCCCUAAUAACAAUAUUGAAUCAAAGUCCUGCCAAUGAUAUUCAUUCGUUGUCGAGGAAUGAAAAUACACAAAAGUCACCAGUCAUAAAGCAAGACAAAGAUCAAGCCGCUAGUAAAGAAAAUGUAUCACGCUGUCAACCAUGCCCAGAUUCCAUCAAUUGUCUCUUGCGAUAUUCACCAAAGUACUCGAGAGCACACAAUGGGAUAUAUUCUCAUCCUUGCCGCUAUUCAGAAUUAUGCCGAUGUAUUCCUGAUCAUCCUCAUCUAGAACAUAAGCCACACAGGGCACCAAUGUGUGAUAAGGAUGAAAAAUGCGAGAAAUUAAUUGAUCCAUUUCAUCGUGCUGCAUUUCGCCAUUCAAAGUUGUCUGAUUAUCUUAUUCCAUGUCGAGAUCAACGAGAUUGUACAAUUAAAACAAAAGAACACCUAAUUAUGUAUUCUCAUGGAGAAAAUGUACCCUCUCCUUAA